AUGGAUCGAGCCUCUGUCUCCAUCUCAGCUCUCACGGAGUCUUGCAUUUCCAAGUUCGACAAGCUCCUAGCCACAUGUCCCUUGAGCUCACAGCGCAUCAAAUCGUUGGAGAGUCGACUGGCCGAUUUCAACCUCUGGGCUGACGGUGUUGGCGCCUUGGCAAAGCCUGGGGCCUCGCUGGAUGCCAGACUCCACGGCCGCGCAAACGAUCUUGUGUUAGUGAAGAAUGUUCUUGUCAUGUUGGCCGACUCUUUGGACUAUUACGCAGGCCUUGUCGAAGAGAAAACAAGCCAGGAUGAAACAAAUUAUGACGAAGCUAUUCUAAACCUUGAUUCUGUUAUCAAGAACUUAGCUCUGAUUGGCAUGGCCAUCCGCCGGACAGGAAAGGCAUCCCGAAACCGAAGAGCAGACCAGACUUUCGACCCAGAUGACUACCAAGAGCUGAGAAUGCACCUCGAAUGUGUAAUCCUUCUACGCCCGACAAGAGAAGGGCUUUGCUAUCAAACAGAAAACGGCGAAUAUAUCACCACAUUAGACACUUCCACACUGUCUGGCAUUCAGAAUCGCCUCAUCGAAGCGAACCUUAGGCGAAGACAUAAUUUUUUGGUAGCACAGAAACGCUCCAGGAUCCAGAGAAAGGUGCAAAUGCAUUCAGCGUCUGCUAUAGAUCCUUCAUCUUCAAAUAACAUUGUACAGGAGGAGUCUCUCGCCAAAAUACGGAAGGCGGGUUCAGCUGACAAGCAAGAUCUAACGCGGUAUCCAACUACCAAAGUCCAAGAAGACACAGCAGCAACAAUUUCGGGAUUUUCUCUUGCAUCAACUGCCGAAGGAACUCUGAAGUUUGACCCAACUGCUAAGAAGUAUACCCCAAGCGUAACAAAGACGCAAAUCACAUUCAUCGCAUCCGAUGUCGAGUUCCCCAAGGCGCCCCCUAUCCCUUUGGGGCGAGAGAUAUUAAAAUGUCCUUGCUGUUGCCAGUCUCUACCUACUGAAACCUUCCAAAAUCCCAAAAUAUGGAAGUAA